CCAGAAGGGUCUCCUCCCUGCUUAGCACAGUCCCCUGGCACGCACGAGACCUGCCUCCUCCCUGGCCCCUCCCCCUGGGCUCUUUCAGUUUUCUUCUGGGCGGAGCAGAGAAAGCCCUGGCGGGAGGCACCCGGGGAGCAGAAGCAGGAGCAGAGCAGCAGGCAGCAGGGAGUGUCCCAGAAACCGGUAUCCAGGACAAGGGACCCCUGGGGCCUCCCCCAUCAGCCAGCCAUGGGGACCUGGCCCUCUGAGUCCCCUGGACGCAUCCCCCAGCCCUGCGUUCCCAGCAUGCUCGGCAUCCUCCUGCUCCUGGCCGCCUCCCUGAGUGCUCAGAACUCAAGCUGGGACAGGCCCUCUUGUACAGAGGGCGUGGUGUCCGUGCCCAGGGGCCAGCGGGCAGUGAUGGCCUGCAACAUGUCCAACGCCUUCUCCGACAUCUCCAUCCGGCUGCGCGCCCACGGAAAGACCGUGACCAUCUUCGAAAAGCGGCCCCCGGGACGCUUCUCCAGGGAUGGCUGGACACUCCAGGUGCACGGAGGCCAGGCCCAGCUGGUGAUCACAGCCGCCCAGGACGCCCACGCGGGACAAUACGAGUGGCGUCUGCGAGGGCUCCAGAGAACCACCAGAGCCACGUAUCUGAACGUCUCAGCAGAGUCUCAAGACCAGGAGGAGGCAGCAGGCCUGAGGCCGUCCACACCUCCCUGGGGCACUGCAAGCCAGGUCCCAGGCUCAGAGAGGCUGCAAGCCAGGUCCCAGGCCACACGCCCCAGUCCAUGGUGGGGGCGCUGGUUGCUGUCCUUCUCUUGAUCCUGGUGGUGGGCUCCCUUGGCUGGUGUUGGCGCCGGCGUUCUCCGAAGUGUGUGCAGGUACCGGACAAGAGCCACCUGGAGGAGGACGGGUUCAUUCUGGCUCACAGUUUCAGGGGUUUAGUCUGCGGUCAGCCAAGUCCAUGGCUCUAGACCCAGGCGAGACAGAACACUGGCGAAGGCGACCCCCCACCCACUGUCGUCUUGACAGGGUCUCAGUGAGGAUGAACGCUGGCCAAGCCACGCUGGUCGGUGGGAAACCGAAACCAGGAGACCCUUUUUUAUGUCAUUGGGACUUUGCAUUUUCAUGCUGAUGUUCCUGACAGGAGGCAUGAGCAUGUUAAAUGCCAAACAAGUUAAAUUUCAGGUGGCUAGAACAGAACAGGCAGUUCACGCCUUGGAGGCUGUUCUACUACCCCUCAGCACAUCAAGGACAAAGCAGAAGGCUGUGCUUCUAUCUCAGCACAUUGUGGACAAACCUGAUCACGGACAACAGUCAUCCUCUGAAAGGUCAUGAGAAUCUUAGGCGCCACAUUGAUCAUAUCAACUAGAACCCAAGCCCAUAUUUCCGGCCUCUUAGAAAACCUAAUCAGUAUGCUUAUUUCACAAAGUUCACCACAUGCAGUUUCAUUUUUGAUUAAGGAAAGUUAUAUUAUACACUUAGGAAAGUUAAAACAUAUAAAGAUACAUUCUUCUCUUUUUAUAAACUCUUUCUUACUUUACAUAGGCAUAUAUGAUGAGCAUAGUUGAUAUUGGUGGAAAGUGGAUUGAUGUUUAGAACUUACUUUUUAUUGAGAUGAUUAUAAAGAUAUGAGAACUAGUGCACCUUGACUGAGAAACAAAGAAACUCUUUGAGAAAGCAGCUCAAACAGUUUUAUGAGAAUAAAUUUAGGAAUUAAUUAAAACAGCU